AUGAAUGUUAUGAAAGAACUUAUUGACACAAAAGUAAACGCGUGCGUGCGAGGAGAGGCAGGGUACUGUUCCAUCCGCUGGGAGGCGCUUGGAGCGGAUUUCGACGUUGGUCAACUUCCAAACGCAAACACUUCAGGAGUGGGAGACAUGAACUGUAAAUCUGACUACGUGAUCCUUCCAAGCGGAUCUGACGUUACUGGAACGUUAGGGCCGUCUGAUCGAUUUUGUGGAUCAGUAUUGAAUCCGGUUCAGGCCUCGUUUUUCACCCUGUUGAGGUUUGUUAACACGCCGUGUGUUGGUUCUAACGGCUUGGAGGGGGUCUGCAUGUCUGACACGGCCUGUAGCAUAAGAGGAGGGGCGAGCAUUGGUAGCUGUGCUAGCGGUAGUGGUGUUUGCUGUUUAGACAAAAUGACUUGUGGAAAUACCACAUUUAGGAACGAGACUUUAUUUGUUAACCCGAGCUUUCCUUUUUACGGGGAGGACGGGACAAAUACGUGUCAGAUGACCAUUAAAAACAUCAAUAACAUAUGUCAAAUGAGACUGGACUUCCUCGAGUUCAACAUCGCACAACCUGAUAGAAACGGCCGAUGUACAACGGACUCGUUUAUUGUGGGAUCUUCAAUUGGAGAAAGGUAUCCGAUCUUGUGUGGAGAAAACAGUGGUCAACAUAUGUAUAUUGACAUGGGAAGAAGCCGGUCGAGUAACCCAAUCGUUCUGAGCGUCAUCACUAAUGGAAACAAAAUGACCCGGACAUGGAGGAUAAAGAUAUCGAUGAUAAGAUGUAAAAGUCUGGAGUUAGCACCAACAGGAUGUUUGCAAUAUUACCAGAAGCCGAGCGAUGUUGUCCGGAGUUUUAACUGGGGUCUCCCGACAAUCGGAAACGUGAGGUAUCUCAGCAAUCUUCGUUACACGGUGUGUCUUCGAGUGGAGGAAAACUUCUGUUCCAUUAAGUGGGAAACAGAAACACCGGAGUCUUUCUCUUGGGGCUGGCCGUUUGAUGAAGGAUCCAUGGGUUUCGUCUGUAAUAACGAUGAUUUCAUCGAGAUCUCCCAGGGCUCUCCUUCAGGCCUGAGAGUAGGGGAAGAUCGGUUCUGUGGAAACUCUCUGCUAAAUAGAAACAUAAUUAUCUCUCACGUUAAACCAUUCGUUCUUAGAGUGAGAAGUAACGACAAUUCUGUUCUGAAUUCACGAGCUUCUCAAACCGGAUUUUCCUUAAUUUACACACAACUUCCGUGUAUUUUCUGA